AUGUCAGAUAAUACUAGUUAUUUAUCAGAGGUGAAGCAAAGCGGGGAAUGGAGUAACGUUGUCCAUUCAUGUGAACGAGUAGGCGCAUUUGAGGUCAAACUGAAAGUUAAUUUCGAUCGACAACAGUUUGAAAGGUUCAUAGAUCUAAAAAGAAGAGAAAAAAAAAGUCAAAACCUUUUCUUCGUGGGCCAAAGUAAAACCAGAAGAAAGGGGGAAAUAGACGCAGUUGACUCAGUUUUCGAUCCGCUGAGAGAGUUUGCUAAGGACAGUGUUCGUCUCGUCAAGAGAUGCCACAAGCCCGACGGCAAAGAAUUUACGAAGGUUGCGUUUCGAACGGCGAUCGGGUUCGUUGUUAUGGCAUUUGUAGGAUUUUUCGUCAAGCUCAUCUUUAUCCCUAUUAACAACAUUAUUGUUGGAUCCCGUUAGGCCUGCAUCAUGUUGCUGAGAAUUGGUAGAAAGUUUUCGAGGUGCAUGUACAUCAUGUAAGUCCAUGAAGUAACUUCAGUUUAG